UAAUGUGUGGCAGUCCCUGAUAAUUGAAUCACUCGCUGUACUUGAUAGCCGGUUCAGGUGUGCUAUUCUCUUGCUCUCAUAGUCGUAGUUUGCACUCCAGGUAAGAUGAGUGGCGGUGGAGGGGGUAGGCUAAAGCAAUUAUUGGCAGUAGCUGUGACCAAAGGAGUGGAGGAGGCGAGGGCGAGGAUAUUUGGUCACGUACUUAACCCAACUGGUCUAAGAUCUCCUCACAAGAUUUUGCGAAAGAAACUCUUUGGUGAAAAAGUGGCACAAUGGUACCCCCAUGAUAUCACGAAAGAUGACCCUCUUAACAUUGAUCGCCGCGAAGAAAAGCGAUUAUCAAAACUUGAAAUUUUGAAGCGUCGUGGAAAGGGGCCACCCAAGAAGGGACAAGGGAAGGGUGCUGUGAAGCGUAAUAAGGGGAAAUGAUGAUUUUCUCUUGUUUUUCAAACAAAUUGAGUGGUUUUUUUCUGAUCAAUAGUAUUUUCUGGUUUUGUCACAACUUUAGGAUUUUUAUGCUUGUGCCAUCUUUUCUUGCACAGCGCCCACUAUUCAGGGACGAGUACUUUCUAUUAAUAUGGGCAUACAUUGAUGUGGAAAAACAUACUACCCAUCUAAUGUUGUCUAUGGAAUCGCACAUUUCUUGCUUGUCUCAAGUGACUGUGCAGUGCAGGUGCUAAAAAGAGGAUAGAGAAUGAGUUCUAACUCUAUUUUUUGCAGUUAAGCUAGUAUGUCUUCUUUGAGCUUAUUUCAGAGCUAAAUUUACAGCGCGGAGAAACUAAAUAAUACUCCAUCCUUCUGUGUUUUCCCCGCAUUUGAUGGAAGACUUAUUCUGA